CCGACCCCGGCAUCCGCAUCCUCCAGAGCCAGUAGUGAGGUGAAGUGAGACGUACAAAAGUCCCAGCUGCCAAUGUUCGUUCUCCUGGCUUGUUUUGGCUCGCCAUUGAAUUCUUUCACCCAUCCCAAGUAUCAAAGAACAACGAGAAAAGGCCUGGAGGCCGCCCUUUGAGCGUGCCUGAGCCUCGCGGCAGUCGCUUCGUCUCCCACAAUGAGAUCCCCGCCACUUUCUGUCAUAGCGACCUGGCCGCCCGCAAAUUACGUGGACCCAGUGACCAGAGGACCCGCGCUGCUGAUCAUCGAAUGUAUAUUCAUAUCCUUAGCAUGGAUCGUGUUGGUGUUGCGAAUGUACGUGCGACUGGUGAUGUUGAGGAGGACCUGGUGGGAUGAUUGGAUCAUGAUAAUCGCCGCAAUAUGCACGACAGGCGUGACAGCAUGCGUGAUACUGGCAACGCAGAGAUACGGCUGGGACCUUCACGUCUGGGACGUAAAAUACGAGCAGCUCAUUGCGGGCAGAAAGAUCUCGAUCGCAGCACAGACGAUCUUUCUGUGGGCAUCGAAUUUGACAAAAUUAUCGAUCCUUCUCAGCUAUCUUCGAAUCGCGACACCAAAGUCAAAGUUUCGCUUCUUCACAUGGUGCAGCAUCGUGUACGUGAUUUUGAUCCACGUUAUUUUUCACAUUGUGCUUUGGACGCAGUGCUCCCCCGCUAGCAAGUACUGGGAUCUCUUCGACAACAACCGACAUUGUGAAGACGAGGGCCCGCCCCUCAUGGGCCAGAUUUCUACCAGUAUCGCGGCCGACUUUAUUGUUUAUGUACUGCCUAUGGCAACCAUGGCCAGGCUUCGACUCCCGCUGUCACAGAGAAUCAUUCUCAUGGUCGUCUUUGGCUUUGGCGCCGUCGUCGUCGUCGCCGGCUGCCUUCGACUAUAUUAUACUCACUUGACAGUUUACGAGACCUACGAUGUCACUUGGGUGGGCUACAACCUAUGGAUCUGGACUGCCGUUGAGGUAAACUUGGGCAUCAUCUGCGGCUGUGUGCCUGCUCUCAGGCCACUCGUGUACAAAGCAAAAACGCACCUUACAUCAAAUUACCUGAAGACGGGUUCAACCUCGUCGAAAAGGAGCCGUUCAUACGGCAUCGGGAGCAUACGGAAAUCACAGCCUGCUGACAACAAUCUCGAUGGCGACGUCAGCCUUGUCGAUAAAAACAUAUCAAGCAUCGAAAAGACCGUGGACUGGGAAGUCACAGAGACCGAUCAGAGCUUGAACGAGCAGCCUGCGAAACCAUUCGACCACACGACUCAAGGAUCAUGGCUCGAAGAUUCAGAUGGUCAUUCAGAUCCCAGCCGAAGGAAUCAGCUUGGAGUAUACGGAAUGUCUGCGACCGAGAUAACAAGGUCGUCUUUUGGCUUGAAGAGAUAGCCCCCGAUAGAGCGUUUGACCGACUCCUGUGUAUUAUCAUGAGCGAAUUCAACAAGUUAUAUAUUUCAACACA